GUUCAGUUGGGUUCAGUUUCGAGUGAAGCGUGAACCGGUGUGGACGUGUUAAAGCCUUUGCGCUAUCCACCGAGAGUCAGAACGAUCGCAGACCCUAGCAAAUUCCACAAGUGUGUAUGUUUCUCGCUAUAAAGUGCCACCACAAGCCGUUCGAGCUUAAGUGUAUACUAAUUGUUUACUUAAAGACGCUUCCCGGCCAGGGCGCAGUAAGUUAAAAUUCCGCAUGACAUACAAUCAUUCCGAGUAUUGCGAUUCAAUGAUUGCAGUUCCGUAGUAGAUGUUUCGUUGAGAUUUCAAGCGUCAAGUGCGCGCCACUUAGCAGUGUCGGGUGUCUAGUGUCUACCAACAGCGUCAGCACAGUGUUGUAUCUUUCAUGAUUUUAUAGCAUUCGCUUUAUAUGCAAGUGUGUGAAGGAAAGGGGAACUGAUAAUUCUCCGACGUCGCAGUGGAACCCUGCGGAAACAACAAACAAGGGGGCUUGGUGAAGAAGGGUGCAGUGCGGUGUGUAAGACCCCCAAAAAGAAACACGCUUCCAGAGAUCGCGAACGAAGAAAACAUCCGUCGCGGGUCGUAGCUCCGGCGAAUAAGAGAACAGCCAAAAAGUCAAUGAAUCGCGGCAGCGAUGAUGUUACGAAAGUCCAGAUAUUAGAGCGGAGUUCUACCGCACCCAUCGUAUAUCAGUAUCAGAGUCGAGAGGAAGAAAGCUGGAAAUCGGCUUAAGUUGGAGAAAAAUAUCAUAUAUUAUUUCUGAAUGAGAUUCGUGAUGUGAUUGGAAACGUAUUUUGGGUGAAGAGUGUCGACGGAAUUCUGUGUUUCGAGUGUGACCUACCAGAGCGAGCGAGGAAAGAACGGAACCUCCUACGACUAUUACAUUCAACAGUGUGUCAUCUUCGGUUCGUACCGGGGUCGACGUCAAUCAAAAGUGUCAGCGGUGGCUAGUUUUCGGGAUGCCAAUAAGUAACCAACAGUCAGGUUUUUCUGCAGUAUACUUCUGUGCGAAAAGUUAUGCUUCCAGUGCCACUGCUGGACCCGGCGUAUGCAAAGCGGCAAAACUCAUCAACCUGAGCGCAUACUGUGAAGAACAUCCUCGAGGAAACCAUUACCUUCGCAGUAAAAAGUGUCCAUAAGUUUAGUUUAGAAGUUUCGACGUGAGAGCAAAAAAAAGAAAGUAAAAUGAGAAUGCAGGAAACGAGUGCUUCGAAGCAGUUUGUGAAGUGUUAAGUGGAAGUUAAGUUUUCCCCAGCUACUAGUGGAAGGCAUGUCAAUCUCGUGAUCAAUUGCCAUAGAAAUCAAGUCAAGUUACUUUUUCCGAGCAUCACGCUUACUUACUACUUAAGUGUUUUGAUUCACCACAAGUGAGAGAAAAAAAUGUGCGGGAAAAUGUUGAGAAGAAAAUCGCACAAUCUGCAUUUAAGAAGGCGCAGCAUGCCGCAGUCAUCUGUGAUAUUUUUAAUAAUUAUCGUACAAAUAGUUACGCGGAAAGCACAAGCGAGCGAUUUGGAAGCCAACGAUAUGUACCAUGACCUGAUUGUUCAGAAUGGUGCACCGGAGAUUUUGUCCUACAAACCGGAAGUGGAACUGGAUGCCGAUGCUCAGUUCGAGAUGACUUGCAAAGCCGCAGAACCGAUUCGGUGGCAUAUCAAACGAACGGAAGACGAGUCCAUCGAGGAUCCGGACCAGAUAACUAUCACCGAUGUCAACACAAGCGAUGGUAAUAAACCGUACGGAAUCAAGGUGGUAAUUAACCUAGCUUCCGCGCAAGUAGUUGGACGGUAUUAUUGUGUGUUUCUAUCGGCGGAAAAUGCACACCAGGAGCCAGACUUAGACGAACUGGAAGCUCAGUUCAAAGCUACCAGUACGUACAUCUUUGUCAAGGAUCCAGACAGUCCUCUAGUUCCAGUAUUGCACACUGUAGUCACUGCCACACAGUACGAAGAUGUCGUCAUCCCGUGCAAACCUUCGUCCAAGGAUGUUCAGGUGGAGCUUGUUAAAGACGAACAGGAGAUGCAAAUCGACAACUACAAGUACACCGAAACCGUCGGCUUUGUGCUAACCCCGUACCGGUUGGAUGACAGCGGUAUAUAUCUAUGUCGUUCGAAGGAGCAACCGGAUAAGCCGCUGCACUUGACCGUGGAAGUCACGGAAUCCUGUGAGUUGAACGGAACUAACCACUGCAAAUUAGGAAGUGUUCGUCGCUUUAACCCACUGCUGUUACUGACCACUGGCGGCGAUCGUAACGGGUCAUCAUCAGCAUCAUCUUCAUCAUUAUCAGUGAACGAAACCUUUGCACCGGUUGAAGAACUCUGGACUGACUGGAACGAUUCUUCCUUAGCAUUAAAACCUCUUCUUUCUGUACUCUCCCCGGAACUCACUAACUCACAAACGUUUCGCACGGCUGGAAUCAUUCGUGACUAUCUGCUGCUAGGGAAUGCUUCCGAUUAUGAUACAACGACAAUCUCCACCGAGUACAACUACAACAACAGCAGAAUUGAUGAUGAUCCCGAUGUGAUGACUGCUGGUGGCAGUAACAGUAGCAGCAAUGCUACUACUAGUCUUAGCUCUGGUGUUGGACCCAUUAAGCUUACCCUGGGAAAGGUCACCGGUUCCGGUUCGCAUUCGCUGGACCCAUCCGUCUCACCAUCACUUCGACCGUCUCGGUUCCACAGCUCAGUUACCGAGUACAUCCAGAAGCCGCGCGUCGAGAGUAAAGCAGGAGAGUACGUCAAGCAAGGGGAGAGCAUUGCACUAACCUGCUCACUGGACGUGGUCGAAGGGGUCAAGUUCGAUAUGCGCUGGGUUCUGCCAUCGAAGCGGAUGGCACAAAAUGAUUCUCGUACUACCGUCAGUCGUAUAUCGGUGAUUCCUCAUCCCAAUCGUCCAAACUACCAAAUCGGAACAAAUGAGCUAACCAUUGCGCAGAGCUUAGCCUCAGAUACCGGCUUUUACAAAUGCGAAGUGCAAGAUCAUCACAAACACGUAAAUCAUCGAUCCGCCCGUAUUGUCAUCGUGGAGCAGGAUGCUGCAUUUAUUAAUCUUACCGAAGACAACGGGUUGGAAUUGAUUAACACCACCAAUAGACGGCCAAUCAAGAUUGUAAUCAAGUUCAGUGCACACCCAACACCUCUGUUCCACUGGACUAGGGAUAACGGGGAGGAGCCAUUGGAAGCCGGCGAUAAGUAUGACAUAUCCCAGGACACUAAGCAGGUGACGUUGAUCAUCAAGCAGCCAAGUGUGUACGAUACAGGCAUUUACUCACUACACGCUGAGAACGAAGGCGCAAAUGCUACCUAUCAUAUGAAGGUGUACGUUAGAGAGAAACCGGUUCUUUCGAUGAGUCCGAUUUUUGCACGACCCAAGGAAACUGUGACGUAUAUGUGUUCUUCGAUCGGCUACCCGAAACCAAAUAUGCGGUUCAUGUUCAUACCCUGCACCGGUGAACCAUGGACGAACUGCUCGAAGCCAAUUCAGUCGAAAAACGUGAAGGAUUUCACACAGACUGCGCGGUUAGUUGCUUGGGCUGACCCGGACGAAAUAGUCAUGCUGAGGGGAUUCCGUGUGCAAGACAGUGGUAAAAAUCAGGAGAUCAUCACCGUAGAACAGUACAGCUUCCAAGCAGAAACGGCUGGCUACGUUGCAUGUUACGCGGUCAACAGCGAAGGGCAGGACUUCGUCAAAGCGGAUCUGUUGAUUAGCGAUCUCGAUGAGCCGGUCAUGAUUACACUAGAAACGCCCAAGACAGACGUCACUCGAGGGGAUCUCGUAGAGAUCGUAUGCGCCGCAUCCGUGUACAACCACACCAACCAGAUUCUGUUCUUCCGUGACGAUGUCGAACUGUUUGAGGACAGCGAAAAUGGUAUUGAAAUAAAGGACUGGUAUGAAACGUAUGCCUACCGGCGAAGGCUUACAUUCACCUCCGUUGGUAAACAGCACGAGGGAGAUAUCCGAUGUCAAGCGAACGUUGCUAAUUCGGACCUGGUCGAGAGCAAAGAGAUAAGACUGGUGGUACACGAACCGAUCGCUCCGAAAAUUCUGGAAGGAACCGAAACGGUCGAGUUAGAGCUUGGAAUGGGAGACACAAAUCAGUUCCAGUGCAGCGUCGAAGGUAUGCCGCAACCGACGGUAGAGUGGUUGAAGGAUGGCAUUCCUAUGGAUUUCGAAAAUGACACAAGAAUCCAGCUUAUCAACGGUACCACGGUUUUCUUUCAAUUCUUGAAAACCGAAGACUCGGCCGAGUACGCCUGUCGAGUGCAGAAUAAAAUCGGACACGCGGAGAAGCGUUGGAACUUGCGGGUGAAAACCGUAACCAUUCGAAGAACCUGGAUUUAUCUGGUUCUUUCACUGCUGAUAGUAUUAUUCUUAGCUGUGAUUCUUAUCUCAAUGUUUUACUAUAGAAAAAAGAAAGAAGUUACGGCUAUGAAGGAAGCCGGUCUUGCUAAUUUCGAAGAAGGAAAUUUAGAGCAAAUGAACCCGGAAAUCUCACUAGAUGAGCAAGCGGAUUUACUUCCAUACAAAACCGAAUACGAGUUUCCGAAGGAAAAGUUAAAACUCGGAAAACAAUUGGGAGCAGGAGCCUUCGGGGUCGUCAUGAAAGCCACCGCUCAAGGCAUUAUGGUAAACGAAGACGAAACGGUCGUUGCCGUUAAGAUGGUUAAAAAACAAACCGACAAUGAAGUGAUGCGAGCACUGAUAUCCGAACUGAAAAUAAUGGUUCAUCUGGGACAACACUUAAACGUGGUAAAUUUGCUGGGAGCCGUUACAAAAAAUAUUGCCAAACGUGAACUCAUGGUAAUUGUAGAGUAUUGCCGCUUUGGAAACGUGCAAAAUUUCCUGCUUAAGCACCGACCGUACUUCAUCGAUCAGAUCAAUUCCGACACGGGUGAAAUCGAUCACAGCAUCGAGAAGAACCAGUUCCGUUGGUCUAAAGCAGGUUACAUGUAUAACAGUCAGGGCUUGAAGUAUGUUAAUCUUUCGUUUUCUACACACAACGUGAACAAUCACGGUGUUCCUGGUCAAAACCAUAACAACAACAACAACUACGAACGUCGACUGGCCGCAAACAACGAUCCAAUGUACUGCAACUACAUCAACUACAGCAACAGUAACUCGGCAAACUAUACCAACCCGAAGAACCAUCUUAACUCGAAGGGAUACGUUAGGCACUCUGGGAUCCAGAAUAUGGCGAUGGUUGACAGCUGUAACACCGAGGCCACAGUUAUGACUUCAAUUGAGGGAGAAGAACUCAACACCAACAACACGGUUAACUCGAACGAACCUCUGUGGCGCUCCAACUACGGCAUGGAUUACAAGGGACCUGCCCGAUCAGUGACCACCACCGAUCUCGUGUGCUGGGCUUCGCAGGUUGCCUGUGGGAUGGAAUACCUAGCCUCACGGAAGGUCCUCCAUGGAGAUUUGGCAGCGCGUAAUAUACUGCUCUGCGAUGACAACGUAGUCAAAAUUUGCGACUUCGGCUUAGCACGAUCAAUGUAUAAGAGUGACAACUACAAGAAGAAGGGUGAAGCUCCACUGCCCUUCAAGUGGCUGGCACUCGAGUGCAUAAGUGACAAUAUCUUCGGCACGUACUCCGACGUGUGGGCCUACGGUAUUGUUCUGUGGGAGUUUUUCUCCCUAGCUAAGGUUCCGUAUCCCGGGAUGGAAGCGAAUCAGGAGCUGUACAAUAAGCUUCGCGAUGGUUAUCGAAUGGACAAGCCUCAAUACGCCAAUCAGGAUGUCUACGAUAUUAUGCUAAACUGUUGGAACGUGAAACCAGAUUCGCGUCCCUCGUUCAAAGAUCUGAAGAGUCGUUUCAACGCGAUGCUGCCGGAGGAAUUGAGAAACCACUACAUCGAUCUCAACGAACCAUAUCUAGCAAUGAAUGCAGAAAAGGAGCAAAGAGGCGAACCAGAUUAUCUGGCUAGUCUGGGUCCACCAGAAGAGCAGGCCCCAUCCGCACCCAACUAUGUAAACGGAAUCAUUCUGCCGUUACCUCCAAUUUCCGACAACCCAGACUACUUGAAGAUGACCAACGCCAAGUCGGACUCGGAGGAGAGUCAGUUCGAUUUCGCCUCGUUCAACAACAGCCAACCGUCGCCUACAUUGAAGAACAACCUGGACAACAGCCCUCAGCAGGGUAGCAAACGGCACAAGAAAAAGGGUAUCCCUGAGGAGAUUCCUAUGCUUCACAAUCACGGAAAGCAUGGGCAGGGCUUCAAUUCCGACUCGGAAACGGAAGCAACCAGUCCGGUACCGAUGGUACGAACUUCAAAGAUGCAACAACCAGAACACGAGUACACAAACUUGAAGCGGUUGGAUCGACCGCCUGUCGGAGGAGCGCCGGACGGCAAGCAGCAGUCUAACGCGAAUGACGCUUUUAGCAAUCCCGGUUAUGUGGUAGUGAAAACGGUCAAUGAGAAGAGAUUACACUAGAAUUCGGACGAGAGAGGUCCUCUGGAACGCACAAACCAUCCUCAUUACUUACUUGAUAGCACAUUUGCACACACACAUACACACAUACAUAAUCAUAAGACAGUGCAACCGAUCGAACUGAUCUGCGUCUGUCGACUUCCUCGAGUAUAAGGGACCUAUUCUCACAGUUACCUAAGCUCAGCUUUUUACAGCACUACUGAGUUAAAAGGGUGGGAUGAGAAUAGGGCCUUUAGAUGUAGACGAGCUAUUUUGGACUGAGUAAUAGAAGAAAAAAUAUGUUUUUAACGAGCUGUCAAUUUGAAUGUGAACCGAAUGUACGAAGCUUUUGUAUCUAUGUGAGCGUAAACCUAGUAGAGAAGAUUAUAUUUACUGCUAGUAUCGCAAUCAGCGCAUGUUUUCCAUGUAAACGCAAGUACUCUUAAGCCACGCUUUUUCGAAAAAAGUUGCCUUAGUAAGUCGUAUGAGUAGAAGAAUUUGUUUUGCUACCGUAAUGUUUACACAGGGAAAAGUAAGCGAAUGUCUUUCAUUCAUACGACAUAAUGUUUUUAACUAUCAUAACGACGAUGUACAUAAAUAAUUGAAAUAUAAUUC